CUCCAUAGCGCACGCUACGCGCAGAGCUUGCUGGGGAAUGGAGUCUCAAGGAUAACCUGGUCCGUUAAGUUUCAAGGUAGCUCGGACUCCAUUUCCCAAGAACUACUGGGACCAGCGGUGGAAUAGCGGUGACUCGGUGCCAUGCAUCCUGGGAUAUGUAGUUCACUUGGUUCUUGAAGACAACAACUACAGAAUUCGAAAGCCUCAGUUUCCCGGCAAGCUUCACGGUGGGGGUUUGAACGUUCGUGUCGCUUCCAGAGAAACGUAGUUCGGUAGCCUCCAUCGCCGGUUAUCUCCGGGAGAGACGAACUCAGUUGACCAAGUGGCGCUGCGGCUGCAAGUCCGAAGUCGGACUUUCCCGGUCUAUAAAGAGGGUUUGAACCGGGUGGCGGCUGUACUCGCUGGCACAGGUUCGGCGAGAUGACGCCUGUGUCUUGGAUCUGGAGAGGUCUCGAACAAGAUUUGGCACUCUCAACUCCCACCUGGUAUCUGCAUACCAGUGUAUCUCGCUUUUCCCCUCCUUACCCCAAGCGCUGUUCCCCUGACUAGUCCCAGUUUCGGCUUGAUACUGCAUCCCUACCUUUAGGAUUACAUCCCCGAUUCCCACUCUCUGUCUGACGUGUGGCUUUAUUGGGCUGUACCUCGGGUAUUCCGGGCUGGGAGAGCAAGGGCACAAGACGCCAGGAGGCAGCCUCGCAGAAGGUUAUGAGUAGGAGCCUGAGCUGGUCUGAGCACCUCGGCGCACUUCUCAAUGCUACUGAUGGAAAUGUGGCCAGGAUUAACUUUUGGGUUUAGGGACACUCAGAACUUAUUGGCCUGUGCACUUGUUUCUUUUGUAGCAGCGACUGUAUCCUCUUGGAGUCUCCACAGCAGGAGACCUGGCUGGGACCUGGAUUUCCCCUCAUCACUUGCCUCCAUAGUCUGGUGUCCAAGCUCCACAACCUUGGGCGCACUAAGGCCGUACAGGGGCUGCUGGAAGAGCGAGAGCAGCAGAAAUACCAGAUCUGUGCCCUGGAAGCAUCACUAAGGUUGCUGCAGGGAGGCCCAGAGCAGAGGGCCCUCCUCCUGGAGCAACGCCUGGAGGGGCUGAGAAGGGAACUGCAGGGCCUUCAAAGCCAGGUGCAGGAACAGGCCCAAGCCCAAAUACAAACAGGACCACGAAAGUGCAGUGCUUCUAGUGGCCUUCACCAAGAGCUGCAGAAUGAGCGGCAACUCCUGUGGGAGGAAUCAGAGCUUCUUUGGGAGGAGCUGAAGCUGCUGCGGGACCAGCUGAGCCAGCACCAGGAGCUGCUGCUGAAGCAGAUGGCUGAGGGGCAGCAAGCUCAGGCCCACAGCUGGAAGAUCUCCAGAGGAGCACACUUUCUAAACUGGAGCCCAGCAGCUUACAGCUCUAGGCCCAGAGCCUUGAGCAGGAGAACCUCUUCUUUAAGGGCCUCACAACGUUCCUGAGUGACCUGUAAGGACUUGAAAGAGUAGUUUUGCUCACCUUCCCCUCCAAGGCCUUGUUUCUGGGCCCCCUGCCCCUCUUCUUGAUCUAGUUGGUAUCUGCCCUCCCUACUGAGGCUUGUCACUGCCUGCCCAUCCCUGUCCACCAACUGCAAUAAAACGUUUUAA